AUGGGAUGCUGCUGGGAGGGAGGGUCGGGAGGUGAGCUGUCCGGGGUCCUCCGGGUUCCGGGGACAGCACUGCCCCCUGGCGGCGAUGCUGCCGGCGACAGGCUGGCGACGGGGCGGGCGGCGGCGGCGAGUCGACUUCAUGCACGGGCUGGGCUGCCGGCUAUUCAGCGUCUGUGGGUCGGACUGGGACUGACCACGUCGCCCGGGACCUUUCAGGCUGCAGACAGCAUGACUCCGCUCUGCCUCAACUGUUCCAUCUUCCCGGGAGACCUGUCCCCGGAAGGUGCGAGCCUCUCCAUUUCCUGCAAUGACAGUGAGGCCAGGGGCCCCUUUGAUCCUGAAGACUUGAACUUGACCGAUGAGGCCCUGAGGCUCAAGUACCUGGGGCCAAAGCAGACAGAGCUGUUCCUGCCCAUCUGUGUCAUGUACCUCCUGAUCUUCGUGGUGGGCACGGUGGGCAAUGGGCUGACCUGCACAGUCAUCUUGCGCCACAAAGCCAUGCACACGCCCACCAACUUCUACCUCUUCAGCCUGGCCGUGUCUGACCUGCUGGUGCUGCUGGUGGGCCUGCCCCUGGAGCUCUAUGAGAUGCAGCACAAUUACCCCUUCCUGCUGGGCGCUGGCGGCUGCUACUUCCGCACGCUGCUCUUUGAGACCGUCUGCCUGGCCUCGGUCCUCAAUGUCACCGCCCUGAGCGUGGAGCGCUACGUGGCCGUGGUGCACCCGCUCAGAGCCAGGUCUGUGGUGACGCGGGCCCGUGCGCGCCGCAUGCUGGGGGCCAUCUGGGUCCUCGCAGUGCUCUGCUCUCUACCCAACACCAGCCUGCAUGGCAUCCAGCAGCUGCACGUGCCCUGCCGCGGGCCGGUGCCCGACUCGUCCGUGUGCACGCUCGUCCGCCCCCGGUUCGUCUACAACCUCGUGGUGCAGACCACCACGCUGCUCUUUUUCUGCCUGCCCAUGGCCACCAUCAGCGUGCUGUACCUGCUCAUCGGGAUGCAGCUGCGGCGGGAGAGGGUGCUGCUAAGCUGCCAGGCCAAGGGCAGGAGCGCCUCGGAGGCCAGGGCCCGCAGGGACUCUGGAAGAGCCCACCUUCAGGACAGGAGCCGGAGACAGGUGACCAAGAUGCUCUUCGUACUGGUCCUGGUGUUUGGCGUCUGCUGGGCCCCGUUCCAUGCUGACCGCCUUAUGUGGAGCUUCGUGUCCCACUGGACCGAGCGUCUGCUCCUGGCCUUCCAGUACGUGCACAUCGUCUCUGGCAUCUUCUUCUACCUCAGCUCAGCCGCCAACCCGGUGCUCUACAGCCUCAUGUCCAGCCGCUUCCGAGAGACCUUCCGGCAAGCGCUGGGCCUUGGGGGCCGGUGCCACCGCCUCCGACCCCAUCACAGCUCCCACAGCCUCAGCAGGCUGACCACGGGCAGUACCCUGUAUGAUCUGGGGUCCCGGGGCAACAGGACGGGGCCGCCGGCUGAGAAUGGAGGCCCCGAGUGGCAGCGAGAGACAGACCUGUCCUGA